AUGCAGUCUCACUUUACUCAACCAACUAUUGCUGCCAAUACAUCUGAAGUUAUUCACUGUGUAAAUAAUAAUCACAUCGACUUUGACAUUUAUUCCCAAGAUACAAAUUCUUCAGAUGUAAUUGGGAAUUUAUCAUAUCCCCAAGAAUUAAUUCCUCAAGGUAUUUUCCAAGAAGGAUAUAUUGAUUCACCCCAUAAUUCAUCCGAUCCGAACGUAUCGGCUAAUUUUAAUAUUCGUCAUCAAAUCUUACAAAUCUUAUCACCACCUGCAGAAAAUUUUUGUUUCACCUCCACAAACCAAUCAACUUUAUCAAAUACUACAAGUACUUCGCCACAAAUCGGCAUUUCCAAAAACGAACAAGUUCCGUAUUUCUUCCCAUUUUCACCGCAACCUGCUCAACCUUUGACGGUUUCUGACUCAAUAAAUAUAAUAAAUUCUCCUUACAUAAAUCCGUUGUUACUAUCUCCCAUAUCAAAUAAUACCAACAACAUACAUUCAACUGUUGGUAUACAGCCUGGUCUAAGUGAGAUACCAUUUAAUAUAAAUACUCCGAUAACUCCGGGGUUAUUCCUUUCUCCAAUCGUCUCGUAUAAUCCUGAAAACGAGAACGAUCAGUGUUUUUCAAACGAUAAAACCGAAGCAUCAAUUGAAAAUAUUACUGGAGUAAUUUCUCCCAAUAGUAGUGGUCCAAGUUCCGUUUCUCCUUCUGCUUCUUCUUCAGCAUCACCAUCUGUUGUUGAAGAAUCCAUUUCUCAUGUUGAUGAAAAUACUACUGAAGUUGUUAAUAACACUAACACUUCUCUAGGUGGAUCUCCUGCUGUUUCUUCGCCAAAUUCUCCGGUAACUACUCCUCGUUUGGUAGCGAUUCGACCUCGACCGCAAGAGGAGGAGGAUGAUAAUCCGGAUCCUCCUCGUAGAAGUAAAAGACAACGAAAUAGGAGUAUGUCGGAUAAUGAUGAUGAAAACGAUGAAGAAAAUGAGGAGAAGAAGUAUAACUGUCCUGAUUGUGGACGUGGUUUUAAUCGAAAAUUUAAUAUGCAAACGCACAGGCAGACGCAUGAUCCAAAUAGAGUCAAACCAUUCGCUUGUGAACAUCCAAAUUGUGGUUCAAGAUUUACUCGAAAACAUGAUUUAAAACGACAUAUUAAUGGUAUUCAUAAAGGCGAGAAAGUUCACGAAUGUACAUCUUGUCAUAAACCAUUUUCACGCAAAGAUGCUUGGAAGAGACAUAUCACUACAUGUGGAAAGAUGUAA